GAAUCAGAUUUGAGGUAAACAUUAGCGAUGGAGUACUUGCUACCAACGCUAAGGGAGAAGCGGGAGGUGGAUUCUCUCAUCAGAGACACCAUCGAUAAAGUUCUCGUCCUCCGCUUCGGCCUCUCCUCCGACUCCGUUUGCCUCCAACUCGACGACGUCCUGUACAAAUCGGCGAAAGACGUGUCGAGAUUCGCGACGGUGGCGCUGGUGGAUGUGGACUCGCCGGAGAUUCAAGUUUAUCUCAAGUAUUUUGACAUAACGUUCGUCCCUUCCACGAUUUUCUUCUUUAAUGCUCACCAUAUGAAGAUGGAUUCCGGAAGUGCAGACCACACUAAGUGGAUUGGUACAUUUCAGAAAAAACAAGAUUUCGUCGAUGUUGUGGAGGCAAUAUACAGAGGGGCGAUGAAGGGCAAGCUUAUUGUAAGUUGCCCACUGCCACCUGAGCGAAUACCUAAAUUCGAGUUGCUGUAUAAAAAUGUCUAGUUGAAGCUUACAGUUACGUCUCUAGGUCAACAACCUACGGUUCUUCGGAUUUAGUAUGUAAAUUUUUAGGAAACUGUCUGUUUUAUUCGAAUUUAUGCUCGGUACGUAGUCAUGCUACUAAAUUACGUGUUCUCAGAUUCUUGAUUCUUGGUGGUGAAAAUCUAGGUUCACUGCACCUUCUUAUCAGAGAACUGCAAAAAAUCAAAAGCAAUCGAACUGCUAAAACAACAUAAUGUAAUCGGGAAUUACGAAUUUGUAGUUAUUUUUGAAUUUUCGGAUCAAAUCAAGGACGUUUGUACGCCUUUUAUUUUCUUU